UUAUGGUUAAUAGUUAUGACGUGGUGUAUGUACGGCACCACUAGUCAGACUAAGUCUUGCGGACACGAUUUUUCUCGCACAACAUAUUUUCUUUGAUACCGCCAGCAAUGUCCACGCUCAUUCGCUCAACGCUGCCCCGAACCUUUGCUUCUGCAACUGGACGCAAUAUCUUGCGUUCUGCAUUUCAAGGUAAGCACAAUUCAAAAGCAUAUCUUACACCUUACGCGCUUAUCUUGCAUUUCAAAGUGAGAGCGGCAAGCUCCGCUACGCAAUAUGUGCCAGGCGGACCCAUAUUAAAGGGUACAGUCAACGACCCCACUGAGUUCCCUCCUCCAUCAAGGACGCAUGGUUCAUAUCACUGGGCAUUUGAACGCCUUCUUGCGGCCUCCCUUGUUCCCAUGACCGCAGCUGCUUUCGUAACCUCUGGGUCAUCUUACCCCGUCCUCGACGGACUGCUUGGUAUUAGCUUAGUGAUGCACUCUCACAUUGGGUUUGACUCAAUGAUUGUGGACUACGUGCACAAACGCAAAUUCCCCAUCAUUGGCCCUACCAUGACUUGGGCACUGAGAUCAACGACGGUUGGCGUGCUCGUUGGCGUGUAUCAGUUCAACACAAACGACAUUGGCUUGACGGAGCUGAUUGCGAAGGUCUGGACAGCAUAAGAUUAGAUGCAGGGUGGGCCAAGUGACUUCUAUAUUACUUAUUUAUUCUUCGCAGAAAUAGCUAGUACAUAAGGUACAGAGUGUUACACCCAAGGUCAAAUCUCGAAUCUGUACAUGACGGC